CUCUGCGCACUCCCCUCUUGCCUUUCGGCUUUCCCUACCUGGGACACUCGAGAGAACCGCCGGAGGAACAAGAACUUCGUAAACUCUGAUGUCCCAAAGCCGCCGCCGCCGCCGCCGCCGCCGCGAAGAGUGACCGGAGAUCUCGCGAUUCGAGGAAGAAGGAAGAAAUGGCGACCGCCCUCGUCGGCAAGAACGCGACCCAUCGGCCCCUGAGCCUGCUGAGGCAAUCGUUCGGUUUCCUCAGGAACCUCAGCGCCGCCUCCUCCCCGCCGCCGUCUCCGGCGAGCCCUUCCUCUUCUUCUCCUUCCUCUUCUUCGAAGAAGCCGAAGCGGAAGAAGAAGAAGAACCUGUUCGAGGUGGCUCAGUUCCUCCCCAACUGGGGCAUCGGGUAUCACAUGGCCAAGGCUCACUGGACCGGCGUCUCUUACCAGAUCACCAAGAUCAAUCUCUACAAGGAUGGGAGGCAUGGCAAGGCGUGGGGUGUCGUUCACAAAGAAGGGUUGCCAGCUGCCGAUGCUCCCAAAAAAAUAAGUGGUGUUCACAAGCGCUGUUGGAAGUAUAUUCCUAAUCUGGGAAGUACAUCUAGUAGCCUUCCAAGCUUGACAACGCCAACAGAGACACCACAUCCUGAAGCCCAAGCAGCUUGAUAUUUGUUUGUUUAGAGUUCACCGGAAUGAAGCUUUGAGGAGUCUGUGGGCUUCAAACUUUAGUUUAUUUGACGAGUUCUUGGUGACGGUAGUCCAGAUUAGCUCCUGUAUUCCUGCUGAGAACCUUCAAGAAAUGUUUUAUGAUUUUACUCUCUCA